AUGUUGCACGUGGUGGACAGGGGCAUGUGUAGCGAUUUGGUGGGGCCCGACGACGGCAGCACUUUCUGCCUGCAGCUCAAAAGCUCGAACGCCACGGCAGGGAUCGCCGGGGCGCCGGUCUUUUUCAUCGACGAUACAGCGCCGGCCAACGCCACCCUGGGAGAAGUCAUCGAGGCGGGGCAGCCGGAAAUGGACCUCAUGGUGGGAUUUGUGUCGGGGGUUGGCGUGUGCACUGAACGGUAUGGCUGCCCCAUCGUUGCUGUGAAAGCAGAGAGCGUUUACAAAUGGAUCAAGCAAGCCGUGGCGCACAAGAAGAAAUGA